AUGGGACUGGUCAACCACACUCUGGUGACUCAUUUUAUCCUCUUAGGGAUCCCCAACACCGACGGCCUCCAGACCAUCCUCUUCGUCACCUUCUUAACCUUCUACCUCUGCACCCUGCUGGGCAACCUGCUCAUCUUCUCAGCCAUCCUUGCUGACCGCCGCCUGCACACCCCCAUGUACUUCUUCCUCUGCAACCUCUCCAUUGUAGACCUUGGAUUCUCUUCCAUCAGCACCCCUAAGUUGCUGGCCAACCUCUGGGCUCAGAGCAGGGUCAUCUCGCGGGGCGGGUGCAUGUCCCAGGUCUUCUUCUACCACUUUCUGGGCAGCACCGAGUGCCUGCUCUGCACCGUCAUGGCCUACGACCGGUACGUGGCCAUCUGCCACCCGCUGCGCUACCUGCUCAUCAUGAACUGGAGGGUGUGCGCCCUCCUGGCCGCCGGCACCUGGAUCACCAGCUCCUUCCACGCCACCAUCCUCACCAGCCUGACCUUCACGCUGCCCUACUGUGGGUCCAACGUGGUGGACUAUUUCUUCUGUGACAUCUUCCCGGUGGUCAAGCUGGCCUGUGCAGACACGUACAUCAUCGAGACUGUGACCUUCACCAACACUGGCAUGGUGCCCAUGACCUGCUUCCUCCUCAUCCUCACCUCUUACGUCAGGAUCGUCUACUCCAUCCUGAAGAUAAACUCGGCCGACGGGAGGCGCAAAGCAGCCUCCACUUGUGGCUCACAUCUGGCGGUGGUGACGCUGUUCUUCGGGCCCUGUGCCCUGGUCUACACUCAGCCCCAGCUGAGCACAGGGAUGGUGUCCGCUGUGCAGCUCUUUGGCUAUGUGGUCACACCCAUGCUGAACCCGGCCAUCUACACGCUGAGGAACAAGGAGGUGAAAGCGGCUCUGAGAAAACUGAGAGGGGGUCAAAUGCCUCCACGUUGA